UUCGCAAAAAAAUAAUUAAGAAAAAAGGAGUUUUGGAGCCAAAAUAUAAAACUUUCUUUGUUAAGGAAAAAAAAAAAAACAAACCUUUAUGAAUAUGACGAAAUGGGUUUUUACUUUUGUGCCAGAUAAGUCUCUUUUUUAGCUAAUAUUAUUGCUUUAGAACUUGCUUUUUUGCAUUUGAAAAUAAUCCCAAAAAAAAAUGAAUGAAAUUGAGGGUUAUAUUUGAUUUCUACAAUGUUGCAUGCAAUUUAGGUGUUUAAUUGUUUUCUGAUUUUCUGAAUCUUUGUGCUUGAUUUCACUUUAAUUGCUGUAUCCACUCAAAAGGUUCUGCUUUUAAUUUACCAUCUAUAUUAGCAGAAUUUCCUUUUCUGGUUUUAAAAGGUUUAAAAAUCUUGAAAUUUUCUUUUUGUUUGGUAAACUAUGGAGGGAAAUCCAGUAUUAGAUGAUAAUUUGAUUCAAGGUGAUGGCUCAUUUCAGGUUCAUGAAGGGUUAAACCCACAAUUUUACCAAUUUCAAGAUGUUAUGAAAGAAAUUGGAAAAUCUUGUGAUGAUAAUUGGAAUACUUUUGAUGAAGAAGGUGGUGGUGGUGGUUGUGAUGGAUGUUAUGGUGGUGGUUGUAAGGGGAAAGGCGAGUUCUUGUGGCGCCGAGUGAAAUGGACGGUGCAAAUGGUUAAGCUGUUGAUCAAUGCUGUUUGUUAUAUCGACGAAGAUGCAUCUUCUGAUUGUCAAGGUGGUGUUAAGAGAAAACCGUCUAUGUCGCAUAAGAUAGGGAAAUGGAGAUGUGUUUCGAAACUUAUGGUUAAAAGGGGUUAUCGUGUAUCGCCUCAACAAUGCGAGGACAAGUUCAAUGAUUUGAAUAAAAGAUACAAGAGACUCAAUGAUGUGCUUGGCAAAGGUACUUCUUGCAAGGUUGUGGAGAAGCCGGAGCUUUUGGAUGUAAUGGACGUAUCGGAUAAGGUAAAAGAGGAAGUGAAGAAGAUUUUGAGUUCGAAAAAUUUGUUUUACAAGGAGAUGUGUUUGUACCAUACCAGGAAUAGAUUGUAUCUUCCUCAAUAUCCCAAGUUGCAAUGCUCCUUGCAGUUGAGGCAAUACAAUGGGGAUGAUGAGUUCGAGAAAGAACUGCACGAUGCUGAACCGGAUGAUGUGUUUCGUCAGGGAAACGACGUGAGUUUGAACGGUAUGGAGUAUGGCAAAAGCAGCGCCUAUGGAUUGCAAGAGCAAUGGAUGGCAUUCCGUUUACUCGAGCUGCAAAAGCAGAAGUUACAAAUUCAGGUACAAAAGCUUGAGCUUGAAAAGAAACGGUUUAAGUGGCGAAGGACAAAUUGGAACCAGGACAAGGAUUUAGAUAAGAUGAGGCUGGAAAAUGACUGCAUGAAGCUUGCAAAUGAGCGUUUGGCAUUCAAGUUAGUAACAAGGAAAUGAGUAGUUUCUGAAACUGAGUACGUGUUGUGAUUCGGGUACUUCUUGGAAUUGUAUUUUAAGUUUAGUGUAACGAAAGACUUACUAGGUUUGUUUACGGUUGUCAAUAUCGUCACCUCAUGUUUUCUUAAAUGAUACGUUAUGGUAUUUUGUUUCAUCUGUUUUCAGGCUAUUGUUACGAAUUUUGAACAUAAA